GGAGCGUGUAUAUGCGUAAUGACGCAGCCGCUUGGGGAGUGACGCGCGACGGAGGAACAUAUUGCACAGGUUGAGCAGCGCACAUCCUCGUCACAUAAGCUGCUAGUAGCACACGGUUUUCUGUGAGAGAGAAAAUAACAUUGUACUGUCGUAGUGGUUACCAGCAAUACCCGCCGCCACCAGAGCCUCAGCCAACAGUAUCUGACCAAAACAAAUGACAGUGAACAAGUCGGGCCAAUGAAACCGCGAAUUGAAAAAACACCUCUCGUUAUGCCUUAUUUGACCAGUCGUGGCAAAGAAGAAUAAUUGGCCUACCAGUACAAGAACAUUGACUACUAUUUCCCAACCAAUUGCUCUAACAUCUGAAAGCUGGUAGGUUCACUCAAGAAGAGGAAACCAUAAAGUGCAACAGCCAUGUCUGGAACUCAUGGAGGCGACCCGGGACCUGGUCUGUGUGGGGUGUCUGUAUUCUGGUGCUUGACAUUGGCCUGCUCGUAUGUGGGUAGCUUAUAUGUAUGGAAAAGUGAGCUUCCCAGGGAUCACCCAGCGGUCAUAAAGAAGAGAUUCACCAGUGUAUUAAUUGUGUCCUUGCUUUCUCCUCUUUUCCUGUCUUUGUGGAAAGAAAUGACUGGUGUCAAGACAGAUGCACCUCUUCUUUCCCUCAUGGGGCUCCGCAUUGAGGGAAUUAUUACAGCAGCCAUAUUACCCUUAUUGCUGACUAUGGUCUUAUUUCUUGGCCCACUUGUGCAGCUUUCCCUUGAUUGUCCUUGGGAUUUCCUUGAUGGUCUAAAAGUAGGUUUUGACCCAAGAUUUUGGAUUCUUUGUGUGUCUGACAUGCGUUGGCUGCGUAACCAGGUGAUAGCCCCAUUGACAGAAGAGUUGGUGUUUAGGGCAUGCAUGCUUCCCAUGUUAGUGCCAUGCACUGGUCCAGGACCUGCCAUUUUUACAUGUCCUCUCUUCUUUGGUAUUGCACAUUUUCAUCAUGUCAUUGAACAGAUUAGGUUUCGUCAGGCAACUGUCCUCAGUAUCUUUCUUUCUGCUGUUUUUCAGUUUUCAUAUACUGCAGUGUUUGGGGCCUAUACAGCAUUUAUCUUCAUAAGAACUGGGCACCUUAUAGGUCCUGUUCUGUGCCAUUCCUUCUGCAACUACAUUGGUUUCCCAGCUAUAUUUGGUGCUUUAGAACACCCUCAACGUUAUACUAUAAUUCUUUUCUAUUUUCUUGGUGUAGUGCUAUUCAUACUGCUGUUAUAUCCUAUGACUGAGCCUACAUUAUAUGGAGACAUACCCAUCUGUAAAUUGCUGGAUGCACAGUCCACAGAAUACAGAUCCCUUUGCUCUUGACAGCACCAGCAAAAUUAUCAUUGCCUGCUCUAAACGUGAAAAAAAGAGUUUAUCAUCCAGUCUACCAGAUGUGCUGCAAAAUGCUAUUGUGUAAGUCUAAAAGAGUUCAUGUUCCUCUCUGGACCACUGAAACUUCACCUUUCACAAUAAGGGAUUGAGAAGAAUGACUUGGUAUAGGUCUGGGCUUGCUGAGCAUCUUCAAGAUCUUUAAGAUCAGUAUCCUCAUGAAUGUAAAUAAGAGCAUUUUUUUCUGGUCAGUAUCUUGAGAGAUCAUUUAUAACAUGGUACUUUUACUAAAAUUCUUCUAGGUGGUUGGUUCUCAUACUGAGCUUUCAUAUUCAGCCGUGUUUUAAAUACUAUUUUUCUUUUGGCACCAAGUUGCAUAUAUUUUUGGAUGCAAAAAUUAUUCCAUAGUUGUAUAUUUUUCUAUUCUUGGUGUGGACCCAAAAUUAAAUUAUUUUCAUCCUAGCUGGAAAUAAUGAAUAUUUUCUUGCAUAGUUUCAUUUUGUAACAAUGAACAGCUUUUUUUUUUUCUUUGGAGUAUUUUGGAAGAAUAUUUAUAUGAAGAGUUUAGAUUAAAAAUACUAUAAACUUUUAUGCAAGGCAGACAAGCUGUUAUCCAAUAUGGGUCGCCAAGGAGGAAAUAAUACUGCCUUUCUUGGGAGGAUAAACUUUUAGUUUUUUGUUUUUUUUUACCUUGUUAACAUUGUAGGAAUGUUAUUGUUGUUAAGCUAUUUUUUUAACCAUGCAAUCGACCCUUCUCAAGCUAAAUGAACAGAUUGCACAGGAACUGGUGAGAAGUAUGGUCCUUCAUAAUCUGCUUUCUCUUUUAGCCAACUUUAUCUGUUAUCUGCCAAAAGUUUAUUUUUUUUAUCUAUCUGAACAGGCCAUACAAAGCAGUUAUCACUUAAUUGAGUUAAACUGACCAACCAAAUUAUACCAUGCAGCCAGCUUUGAUUUUUAGGGCUCUGGCACACGGGGAGAUUAGUCGCCCGCGACAAAUCUCCCUGUUCGCAGGCGACUAAACUCCCCGAAAAGCAAAAAUGUAAAUCGCCGGUAGGAUGGCAUACGCAGCGGCGCGAAUUCCCUGAAAUCGUGGAAGUUGCCUCGAGAGGAAACUAAUCUCCCCGUGUGCCAGAGCCCUUAGGCUAGAACAUGUGCUGUGGCUGAUUAGUUAACUAGCAUAAUGCAAUUGUCCUCUUUUGUAAACUGAAAAAGAAGUAUGUUUUUACAAAUGGAAAUGUUGUGUUUAUUUUACUUUCCUUUUUUGAAAUUGCAGCUAAAAUACUCUGAUUUUUAAGACUGUAAAAUAUAUCUUGCCCCAUAAUUAGUGUAACGGAUUAAAAAUACAGUUUUGUUUA